AUGAGCAGUAGCUACUGCAACAACGUUUCAGUGAGCAUGAGUGUCAACGAGGUGUCCGGUUUCCCACUGACCCUGGAGCAGAAAACCGGUUUCGCCUUUGUGGGGAUCCUGUGCAUCUUUCUGGGGCUUUUGAUCAUCCGGUGUUUCAAAAUCUUAUUGGACCCCUACAGCAGUAUGCCCUCCUCCACUUGGGAGGGGGAGGUUGAAGGACUGGAUAAAGGGACAUUUGAAUAUGCUCUUGCAUGA